AAAUGGUAGUCACGUGGUUGCUCAAAUCAAUUUUGCAAUCAACAAAAAUAAAGUAAAAGUAGCAAAAAAAAAAAUUAAAAAAAUUGCUUACGUUCUGUCAAAAAAAAAAAAAAGUAAAUAAUGUUCAAAAAAAAAAUAUAAUGUGAUGAUUUAGAAAUUACUCUUGUUUGUUUAUAUUUUUAGAAAAUUUUUACUCGUUAAUUAAUUUUUAUUUUUACUCCAUAUAAAAAAUUUAAAAAAAUAAUAAAUAAAAAACUGUGAAAUUUGUGAUAUUUUAUUGUUAAUUUGUUUUUUUUUGCCACGCAUUUACAAUAUUGUUGUGUUUAACUUUUCGAAUUUAUAAUUUUUUAAAAAGCAACAUAUCAUUUUAUAAUUGCAUUUGUUUAUUAAACAAUAAUAAAACAUAAUAAAAAUGUUUAAUUACAAUAAAUUUGUGUUAUUGCAAAUUAGUUUACUAGUCAUAACCUCAGUGGGUGGUGUUGAAAAUCAGGAAAAAUCAGAUCCAAUUAUUAAUUCAACAAAGGAGCUUCUUUUAAACAAUCCAAACAAAAAAAUUACAGUAGCAGAAGGUAUACAAUUAUCACCUCAAGAUUUACCAAAAUCCAAUUUAAAAAAUGUCGUUAAAAAAAUAGAAACAAAAUUAUCAUCUCCAGAAGAAAUACCUUCAAAUUCAACAGUAGAAUAUACAACAAAAUCAAGUGUUGUUGCAAGAAAAGGAGUAGAUCAAUUACCAAUUGAUUCAUCAAUAAAUAUUAAUAAUAAAAAUUUAACAAAAAUAAUUUUAAAUACUAGCAAAAAUAAAACUGAUGAAACAGCAACAACAACUGAUAAAACUUCUAUAACAACAACACCAACAACAACAACAUCAACAACGACAAUAAAAACAACAACAAAAAAACCAUUUAAACCAAAACCAACAGCAACUGGUGAUGAUGAUGUUGAAGUUGAUGCUAAACCAUUUCCAAGUAUGCCAACAAAAACACCACCAAUUGGAAUGCCAUCUAAAAUAAGUUAUGUUAUUCCAGUUGUAUUAACAAUUUUAGUUGGUACAUUAUUUAUUGUAUUUGUAUUAUUUUUAUAUAGAAAUGGUAGAGAAUAUUGGGAAAAACGUCAUUAUCGUAGAAUGGAUUUUCUCAUUGAUGGAAUGUACAAUGAAUGACUAGUUAAAAAAACAAUUUUAACAUUAUCAUUAUUAUUAAUUUUUAUACUAUCAUUAUAUUUAAAUCAAUUGAUAUUUUUUAACUCACUUUGAUAAUUAUUUUUUUUUUAUUUAUCAUUUAUUUGUGCACGAGAAAAAAAUAAAAUAAUUAAUAUUUUUUUUUAGAUUUUUCUCAAUUUAAAUUGUAAAAAUAUUUUUCAUUUAUACAGUCAUAUAAAAUUUUUUCAUUUGUUUUAAAUUUGAUCAAAGUUAUUAGAGAUUUUUUUAAAUAAAUUUUGAAAAUUAUUUUUUAAUACUGAUAUGUGGUAAAAGAUCACCAAUUGUUGAUGUAUAAUAAUCAGGAAUUAAUUCUUUAUCAUCAUUUGAUGAUGAUUUUUUCCAUGUAUUAAUAUCAUCAAUACUAUUAACACCAGUUAGUACCAUAAGUGUUUUAAAACCACAACGUUUACCAAGUAAAAUAUCAGUAUUGGCACGAUCACCAAUCAUCAAUGUACGUUUUGGAUCAAUUUUAUAUUGUGUUGAUAACAAACUUGAUACAUAUGGAGCUGGUUUACCCAUUAUUGUUGCUUUUCUUUCUGAGCAUGUUUCAAUACAUCUUACGAAACUGCCAGUACCUAGAAAGCCAAUAAAUAUCAUCAAUUUUAAAGCAAUAUUUCAAUAUUAAUAAAUAGAGCAAAUCAUGACUACUUGAUCUUCCAUUAAUAAUUAUUAUUAACAUUUUAAUUACCUGGUAUAAUCAUUUUAUUUGAUGUUGGAAAUCUUUCAUCAGUAUUGGUGCCAAUAAAUUUGACAUUUUUAUCAUUUAAAUAUGUUGCUGCUUUGAGCAUUUUAAUGACACUAAAAUGUUCAUCAAAACCAACAACAACAGCACCAAUAUCUGCAUCUGGUUUUAUUAAUUCACAAUUUAAUGGUCCAACAACUGGAUCUGGUCCUACUCCAGUAUGUUGAAUACCAACUUUGUCCAAUUCUUUGGCAAUAGCUUAUCAUAAAAUAAAGCAAUAAUUAUAUUAAAUAAGAAUAUUGUAUAUAUAUUUUUUUAAUUUUUUUUCGUUCUUGUUUUUUAUUAAUAAAUAAAUAAUAAUAUUGA